UUUCGAAAUAACGCUGCUAUGUAGACAUGCCCUUACUUUUUCUUCACUGCUUUAGUUUCUUGUGUAAGAUUCAUGGCAAGUGCAAGCUUCUCUAUUCUAAAUCUUUGGGCUUCUGGGAAUGGUUCUUUGCAACAGUUGGUUGUCAGACUGUUUAUCUUAGGGAUCAUUGUUGGAGACACGUCUGUGGCUUUUCUUUUUAUAUUGUAUGUGCUAUGUCUCAUGGGGGAAAAUAAUAGGCAUACUGUGAAUGGCUUACAGUUACAGUAUUAGUAAGAGAGUCUGGUCAGGCAAUGCCUUUCAGAAGCUGAGAUUAAAAAAACCUGCCACCUCCUUGUGCUUGGAACCACAAUCACAUAUAAGUUAAAAUAGAAAUAAAAUCUAAACAGAGUGGACCCCUUUGGACUCCUCCACGUAUUUUAAGGCUGUGUUCAAAUGCCAGAGUUUGCCAUUGCUUUAGGAUUACUCUGGUGCACGAGGGAAGUCAUGGCAGGCUCCUAUUGCUAAGUAAACCUUUCUGACGGUGGCUGUGUACAGCUAUAAUUGACUCCUACUCAGUGCCUCAAUCUAAGCAUUCUUGGCUGCUUUUUUUCUUUAAAAACUGAACUGCGGGAGAUGACACAGACUGUGUCCUAGUGUUAACAAAAUCCCCCAGUCUCUGCAUGUGGCAUCUCAAAGAAUCAGUUCAGGGUCUUUCAGAAAAUAAGGAUCACAUUUCUGGGAGAGAGGAAACUCAGAUGAACAAACCCCAGACACAGGAAAAUAUGCCCUAGUCUAGUGUCAUAUGAGUGAGGGAAAAAAAUCUUCAGCCCCAACAUAUGGCACCACACACGUAGCCCAGUAACAUCCACUUUUGCUAGAUAGAGAGGGCAGCACGGGGAAUUAUUAUCCUUCUGGGGAGGACGUGGCCAUAGAAUUUUGACCCCACUGCUGUUCACUGAAUCCCCCACUGGCUGCUGAUCACAGAUGGGACACAACAAAGCUUAGGAUGCUCUUUGUGCCAAUAUAGUUGGGCUCCGGUGAUGGCUGGUGCUGCAGAGGCAUCAUCCCCACUUUCCGUAUGGCCAGGAGAAGCUAUAGCUGCUUUAGGUCCAUCCAGCUCUCCUAGAUUCUGCUCAGCACUGCAGAAUCUACUAUUUUACAGUUUGCACAGUUUUACCCAUAGAGCAAUAUAUAUGUAAGCAAAUGUAAGUCACAGAACAGGUCUGAAAUAAUUAAUUCUUCCAGUGUGGACCUUUGGCUGUAACUGCUGAGAAGCAUCCCAACAGAAAAGCUGCAGACAAAUAAAACUACAGACAGAAUGAUGAAGGAUGGGGAAAGCUUCUGGGCUCAAGAGAGGCAGCACAAUCUAAUCCAAGAAGAUAUUUCAUUAUCUGGACCAUCUCAGACAUUGGCUGAAGAAUUUGCAAAAGCUGCAAGACAACUUAAACAAGAAGCUCCUGGUAUCAGAUUUGGCAAAGUUGAUGUCACAGACCAAAAAGAUCUGAAAAAAGAAUUUAACAUUCAAGAGUUUCCUACUGUGAAGUUCUUUGUGGAUGGUGAUAGGAACAACCCUAUCGAUUGCAAAGGUGUCAGAGAGGCCUCUGCAUUUAUUACUUGGAUGAGAAGAAGAAUAGGACCCAGCACUGUGGUUAUCAAUAGUACUGACCAGGCUGAAGCUAUCAUCAACUCUGACGAUUUGGCAGUGCUUGGCUUUUUUAAGGAACUUCACGGUGGAACAGUGGAAGUUUUCUAUGAGACUGCGAGAGAUGUGCCAGAGCUGCCUUUCGGGGUGACAGCCAGCGAGGAGGUUUUUGUGAGCUAUGGCAUCCGAGAGAACACUAUUGCUGUGUUCAAGAAGGGAAAACCUGUACAUCAUGAAGUGUCUGAAGAUGGCAAGCAGAACAAAGUGGAUCUUACCAGAUUAAUUAAAACUUUUACUAUGGAUUUGGUCACAGAGUAUAAUCUUGAGACAUCCGUGAAGAUUUUUGAUGUCCCUGUUGAAAAUCACAUUCUGCUCUUCACCCCAAAGAAUUCAGAGACCUUCAACAAGACGUAUGAAGAUUAUGAAUCUGCUGCUGCAGAAUUUAGAGGAAAGAUAAUGUUCAUUUUGGUAGACACAAAUGAAACCAGAAAUGGACGUGUAUUUGAAUAUUUUCGCAUCACUGAGAUAGACGUCCCUGCUGUGCGAAUCUUAAACCUGACGAGUGAUGCAAAGUACAAAAUGCCUGCAGAUGAGGUGACUGUGGAGAAUCUAAGAAGCUUCUGUCACAGCUAUCUAGGUGGGACAGCAAAGCCACAUGUAUCUAGUGAAGAAAUUCCAGAGGACUGGGACAAGAAUCCCGUUAAGAUGCUUGUUGGAAAGAACUUCAACAAGGUUGCCUUUAAUAAGACCAAGAAUGUGUUUGUAAUGUUCUAUGCACCUUGGUCCCAUGACUGUAGGAAACUCUUUCCAAUUUGGGAUGAACUGGGCAAGAAAUAUGAAAACCAUGAAAAUAUAGUAAUUGCCAAAAUAGACUUCACAGCAAAUGACAUUCAGUUAGUUAUGCUGGACCGUUAUCCAUUCUUUAGAUUCUUUCCUGUUGGAUCCAGUGACCAGGCUGUAGUAUAUGACAAGGAACACACCCUUGAGGCUUUUGCUGAUUUCUUGGAAAAACAAAUCAAGCCAAAAGCAAAAGCAACAGAAAAGACUCCUAGAGAAAGCAAAGAGGAUCUCACUGAAGGAGAGCCGGUCAUAAAACAGAAAGAAGAACUUUAACUCCACAGUGAAGGGAAAAGAUUCCAUAGGAAGAUAGCCUGAGGAUGAGGAUGCUCUACACAAGGAAAACUGGCUCUGCAUCAUUUCUUUACUGAUGUUUUUGUCCAACCUGUGUCCGUGUCUCAGGGCUUAAAGCAAUCUUCCAUUUGCCCAAGAAAUGUUUUUUAUUAUCAGGGCUUGCUGUCCCCCUCGACUUUCUCUGUGUACACAGCCUGCUCCGAGACUGCUUGUGAGCACCACGUGUAGUUUAUUUACGUUUCCUGUCACUUUUACAGUGUUGCACAGUGCCAUAGCUGCAACAUCCUCAGUCUCUUAGGACUGGAAUGGUGAGAGAUCUGUCAUAGGGCUAACGCUGAGAGCCUGCCUUUCUCUGACUGUCUCACCCUUUCUUCCCUGACACUUUUUUCCCCUAGGUAACCCAUUCCAGUGCUUCACCACCCUCCUAGUGAAAUAGUUUUUCCUAAUAUCCAACCUGGACCUCUCCCACCACAACUUGAGACCAUUGCUCCUUGUUCUACCAUCUGUCACUACUGAUUUUUUUUUAGAGUCAAUGUAAUAAAACCACCACCAAUUGUGUACUUUAACAUAGCUCUUGUUACAGAAAUAAUAAAAAUGGACGCAGUAGCUAGAACUCAGUAAUUCUUAACCCUUUUAAUUGAAAAAAUAUCCCAAUGAUUUCAAUUGCUACUGCACUAGAUGGAGUGUUUAAUAUUUGCCAGGAUAGUUUGCCCAAUAACUGAGCCCAAAAGUACAGACGUGACUUUUUUUGGCGAACCCCCGCCUUUGUCGAAAAGCCACUUUUCCUCAAAAAGUGAGGUUUACAUGG